UACCGUUUGCCAUCUAAAUUAUUUACAAAACAUCCGGUUUUUAAUUAUUUUUUAAACAUGAGUUGCGCCGAAGUAGGCAUAAAAGUAUGCAGCAUCUGCUUAUCAACUGGGACCGAUCACUAUACACUAGAAAAGAAAUUCAAAUCUCUCCUUAGUUCCAUUGCUCCAGAAAUGAGAUUAGAAAUAUCUGAAACUUCCUUUACGUGCUGUGAAUGCCUGAAAAAGCUAGUCGAUCUGUAUUAUUUUAAAGCCCUUUACUUAGAUAGCGAAGAGAAAGUCCGUGAUAAAGUUGCUGAUAUAGGUCAAAAAAUAAGUUUAUUACGAGUCGUCUUUCCUUUAUGCGCUAUCGAAGGUGAUGAAUAUUUCGUCAACAUCUGUCGGAUAUGCUUGACCGUAAUUGAAACUGAAGUAUAUUCGACAUUGACGACAGAGAUUGAAACUGUUUCAUUGAGCAAUAUGAUUAAAUCUGCGAUGCCAGAAUUGAUAAUGGAUUUGACUUUUAAUCCAAUAGUUUGUGAGCCUUGUACUGUGAAAAUUGUCGAAAUGUAUGUUUUCCAUAAAAGGUGUAUGGAAACAGAACACAAAAUUAAAAGUUUCUUGGAAAAUACGGGUACAUCAAUAGAUAAAGUAAAUAAAUCGUUUUUAUUGUUAAACAUUGUAAAGCAUUUUAAGGAGACCAAAGAUAAUAAGUUAAUUGAAUACGACUGUGAUUCGUGCGAUUUUAAGACAUAUAAAGGAGAUGACUUAAAGAGGCACAAGAUGAAGAAACACCGUGUAAAGUCAUUUAAGAAGAAAGCAAAGUCCGAGGCCAAACCGUACAAAUGCACUAUAUGUAAUACGUAUGCGACAAAUAAAAAAAACAAUCUGACCAAACACAUGGCCCGGCAUACCAAGCAAUCGUCACAGACUUUUCUGUGUUCAACAUGUGAUUUUCAAACUAAUUCUAAAUUCGAUCUUAAGAAGCAUACAGCAGAUCGGCAUUCGGAAAAGGACAACUCCAGUUUUCUAUGCCCGAAAUGCUCGUACACCUCCAAUAAAAGGCGCAACUUAUCCAAACAUCUGGCAAGGCAUAGGAAAAAGGAUAAGCAAACUGAUAUCACUCAAACAUAUAAAUGUUCUUCCUGUUCCUUUGACACCAAAAUUAAGUAUGACCUCACUCGUCAUAUGUUAAUCCAUAAGAAGCCUAGCGAGAGCAUUAUGUAUAAGUGCAAGAUUUGUCCAUACCAAACUAAUAGAAAGGACAAUCUGUCUAUCCAUAAUCUCAGGCACAAAUGCCAAGAGAAUACCUCGAACGACGUUAGCGAGGUAGAAAACUAA